AUGGAGGGCAACCCCGCCGAGCACGAUGAGGUCGUGUCUCAGUUCUGUUCUAUGACUGGAACUCAGCCUUCAGAGGCUCAAGAAUAUCUUACUGCCAACGGAUGGGAUAUAGAAGCCGCUGUCACAGAGUUCUUCGCGGAGCAGGACGAAGCCCUGCAAGAUACGAACUCCGAUGAUAGACAACCGGUUACAGAGGGUACUGCUGGAGCUUCCGGGGGUAGGACUCUCGGGGGAGCUUUUAUACCAGGUUCAUCUUCCGCCGCAGGCGAGUCGUCAUCAUCCGCUCGAGCCGCUGCGCCCAAGAAGAAGUUCGCGACAAUAGGAGACUUUGCUUCUGGCGGUGGUGGUGGACACGGCGAUUCGUCUGAUGGUGAUGAUAGUGAUGAGCAUGAUUUCUUUGCCGGUGGUGAGAAGUCAGGUCUAGCCGUGCAGAACCCGGAGGACUUGAAGAAGAAAAUCCUGGAGAAGGCCCGCAGGGCGCGCCCUGCUCCUUCCGACGACCCUCAGCCUAGACGAUCACAUUUCACCGGCACUGCUCGCACACUCGGUGGUGACGAUACGCCGAGUGAGCGCGUUCAAAGAACUCUUCACUUCUGGGCCGAUGGGUUUUCGGUGGAUGAUGGUGAAUUGUUCCGAUCUGACGAUCCCCGUAACGCCGAGAUUCUGGACGGUAUCCGUCAAGGCCGCGCCCCUCUUUCCAUCAUGAAUGUUCAACCUGGGCAGGAGGUCGAUGUGGAAUUGAAGCAGCACGAGGAAAAGUACACAAAGCCUAAGCCGAAGUAUAAGCCUUUCUCCGGAUCGGGGCAGCGCCUCGGCAGCCCGACGCCCAGCGUAAGAACCCAGGUUCCUGCGCCUUCCGCAGCUGGUCCUUCCACCCAUGAGCCACCGAAGGCAACUGUAGACGAGUCGCAACCAACGGUUACUCUACAGAUUCGCCUGGGGGAUGGUACAAGGCUGACAUCUCGGUUCAACACUUCCGCCACCAUUGGCGAGGUCUAUGCUUUCGUUGCUGCUGCUACUUCGAAUAGUGGAGACCGCGCCUGGGUUUUGAUGACUACGUUCCCCAGCAAGGAGCUAGCUGAUCGGGAGGUUGUUCUCGGUGACAUGCCCGAAUUUAAACGUGGAGGUGUCGUUGUGCAGAAGUGGCAGACCUGA